GGGGAGAACGGGUCCACUUAUAUCCGCCACUGCAUUUUAUCACGUGAUAAUCUCACGGACAGGCAGAUCGCGUCACAGCGCCAUAGCUACCAGACCAGGAAGUAAAAUACCUGAGUCUCCAUGUUGAAGAGUGAAGAAUUCUCUGAACAAAUCUAUCAAGGUGUGUAACCAUGUACCCCCGUAAUUGGGCCCAGGAUGUGUUACGGUGUCAUCUCUGUGAGACCCCGGGCCCCCCUAUGUACUGUGACAUUUGUCACAUACAUCUGUGUAAAGCCUGUGUGGGGGAACAUCUCUCUGAUGAAUCCAAAGAACACAAAGUGGUAACAUUCAAAAAGCGGGGAUUUGCACCUGAAUGUUCAAAACAUUCCAAAAAAUUGUGUGAACUUUAUUGCGAACGAUGUGACUUUCCUAUUUGCGUGCAGUGUGUCUCCUCUGGUGAACAUUUAGGACACAAAGCAGUUGAAAUUUUAAAAAGUCUUGAAACCAAGAAAGAAGUAUUACAGAGAGAUUUACAAGAAUUAGAGAAAUUGAUUUUUCCUAAAUACCAAGAAAUUGUAUCUAAUAUCCCAGUUCAGAAAGCUGAUGUGCAAAAAAACUCCAAGAAAUUGACAACAGCUUUACACAAACAUGGAGAAGACUUGCACAGAGAAAUAGACAAUGCCAUCAAAAAACUGAAAUCUGACGUGGAUGAAAUGGAAUCCAAACACCUGGUUGUCCUUGAUAAGCAGGAAAGUGAAAUCAAACACAGUAUUUCUGAAAUUGAACAGAGCAUUGCUGAACUGAAGAAAUCACUCAAUUCCAAUGAUGUCAGCCUUGUCUCUACUUACAAAUCCAGGGUUGCUGAAUUCAGAAUUUUACCCCCUAAACUCACAGUUUCUUUACCAAGAUUCAUUCCGCAGAAGAUUAACAAAGAACAGAUUUAUCAGCAGAUUGGGUCUCUCUCAGCGUUAUCCAUUAAAACAGAAGAACAUGGCUACGCAAUGGAUUCUUCUGGUGCUGUGUCCUCUCUCCCGGACAGACCGCUCAUUGAUCUACCACGGAUCAUCACAGAAAUAAACACAGAGUAUGGAGAAUUUAAUGAAUUAUGCAAUGUGUCCUGUCUGAGUGAUGAUGAAGUAUGGACGUGUGGUAAUGACAACAUGAUGAGACUCUACAACCUCCACGGUAAACUAGUGAAGUCAAUCCAAACAAAGUCAGGGAAUGAUCCAUGGGACAUAGCAGUGAUACAGAGUGGUGAACUAGUUUAUACUGAUGCCGAUGAUAAAACUGUGAACAUAAUAAAGAAUACACAGAUACAGACAGUGAUCAGACUACAGGGGUGGAAACCUCUCUUUGUCUGUAGUACCUCCUCUGGUGACCUCCUGGUUGUCAUGAUCGCUGAUAAUAAGAAACAAACAAAAGUUGUGCGUUACUCGGGCUCCACAGAGAAACAAACAAUUCAAUACAAUGACAAAGGACAACCUCUUUAUUCAUCUGAUUAUAAUUACACUAAAUACAUCAGUGAGAACAAAAACCUAGAUAUCUGUGUAGCUGAUUCUAUGGCCAAUGCACUAGUGGUGGUCAAUCAGGCCGGGAAACUCCGGUUUACAUACAAAGGUCCUUUCUCUACUAUCAAGGGGCCAUUUGAUCCAGCCGGCAUCACUACAGACAGCCAGGGUCGGAUCCUGACAGCAGACUUUAACAACCACCGUAUCCACAUCCUGAAUCAGGAUGGACAGUUCCUCCGCUACAUUGACAACUGUCAUUUACAGAAUCCAUUCGGUUUAUGUGUGGACACCAUAGACAACCUCUUUGUGGCUGAAUAUAAAAGAGGUAAAGUAAAGAAAAUCCAAUACAGCAUGUCUCUGUGAUCAUUUCAUUACAUGCCUACAAAGGAAACAUCACAUAUAAUGAAAUGUUAAUAAAUUUUAUCAUGUGUAAAUGUAAUGCUAUGUUCUUAUACAUCAAUAAUUGUUUAUUAGGCCUAUAUAAAAUGUAACCAAAAUGUAUGUAUGUGUGUAAUUUGUGCUAUGUUUAUCAAACCUUAGUGACACUAACAACUGGAAGAUUGUAUUUUAUUCAUGUAACUAUAUAAAUACUUAUUAUCUAUAUAAUUUAUGUGUAAACAAAAUUGAUAUGUGUUGAUAAAUGAAAAUAAAAUUGUAAUGUAUUAUUAAAUGUAAUACAAACAUUAAAAUCAUGUCCUUAUUACAUUUACUGACUAAAACUAACCUAAAGACUUAGACGUUGCAAACAUCUAUUAUUCUUUAUCAGAUAUUUCUUAAACUAUGAAAAAACUGAUAAUUUUAAAAAAUAUGUAAUUGUUUAAUAGUUAGGAUAUUUUCUUAAUUCUGGAAAGAAAUGUUUGCAUUGUAUUGAUGACCAAAUGAUCAAUUUUUAGAAUUUAUAAAUAUAAAAAAAUCACAUAUAAUUUCUUGACACUUACUGAACAGUUGUCACUGAAACUGGAUUUUGUAAACCUCAUUAUAAACGAUCAGCUUAGAUUCUCUGUUUAUUGUUAAUUUUUUCAAAGAUCUGAUUUUUUUAAAAUUUCAACUUUUGUCAAUUUCUUUAAAGCGAUAUAUAGUGAGUACACAUAGUUUAUAUGUCAGCAUUAAAGUUGAUGUCAGGAUACCUGGUAGUGUAUUUUGACCCUUGAACUUUGUCCUUGAUAUCUUAAUAACUUAUUAAUAACUUAAGAACUUGUCAACUUAUUAAUGUUGCACAGUGAUUUAAGCUUAAUGUGCUGCAAUAUAUAGAAGGAUUCUAAAGAUAUUUAAAAUAAUCACCGUGCAACGAUCAGACAAUCAGAAAAUAUCUAGAGAGGGUAGUU